AUUCGAAGCUGAUAAAAAUGUCAUCUUUUGCCACAUUAAUUCACCGAGGCUUGUGAUUAAGAUGGAGACGAAGAAGCAUAAACAGGAGAUUGGUACUGGGAUUGAUAAGUUGCAUGAUGAUAUUCUGAUUGCCGUUCUGUCUUGUAUGAGCCUCAAGGAUGUUGUUAGAACAAGUGUUCUUUCCUCGAGAUGGAGAUAUUUGUGGAUGUUUACAUCUGGUACAUUGGAUUUUGAUGAUUGGAAUACUUCGACUGGAAAGAUAAUGAAAAGGGAAAAGUUCAAAGCUUUGGUGAAUCGUGUGCUCAACUUGCAUCAGGGUUCGCGGGUUGAUAAUUUAGUAAUUCGUUUUACUAAUUUAUGCUAUCAAUUUAGAACCAGUGAAAUUGAUAGUUGGAUACAUUUUGCAAUGCGAAAGAAAGUAAAAGGAUUUGAAUUGGAUUUUUCAGUGGAUGAUGGUUUCCAUUGUUGUUACAAGUUUCCCAGCAUUGAGGAGCUGUUAUUAUUAUCACCAUCUUCCGCUUUUGGCUCUCUAAGAUGCCUUAAGUUGGUUGAUGUUGAUAUCGAUGAUGAAGUGAUUCGGUAUCUUUUAGCCUCGUGUCCUUAUAUCGAACAUUUAUGCAUAAGGGAUUCCGAUGCUACAAUGAAUCUUGAAGUUGUUGGUUCAUUACCAAACUUGAGGGAAUUGGAAAUAUCCAACUGUCUGAACAUUAGAAGUAUGGAGAUAUAUGCCACAAAUCUUGUCUCGUGUACAUAUCAAGGAAGGAAAAUCAGUUCACCGUUCAAGAAUACUCCAAAUCUAACUGAGCUAACUCUAGGCGGGAAGUUUUGUCAUUCGUUCGCGUAUGAACCUAACAAGCACUCGAGUUAUUCAGACCAACUGGUGAAGCUUGUACUGAAUUUUCAAACCGUGGGUCGUGAGAGACCAAUCGCUUCUCCUGAUUUGCAUAAGUUAUACUUUCUCGAGCGGCUCGAAUUGAAUAUUGUGUCAAUAGGUUGCCGAAGCCUUUUCUUCUUCACAUCAUUGAUCAAGGCAUCUCCUAACUUACGGAAGUUUAAAAUCAAGAUAGAGUACUUCACUUACGACCAACAAUCUACAGCACUCAGAUUAAAUGGAGGAAGGAUGGAGCUUUUUCCGGUUGUGACGUCAGCGACGACAGGUGGAUUUCGUCAUAAAAAUCUGAAGGUGAUUGAAAUGUGUGGGUACAUUGGGCUCAGAAGUGAAGAUGAGUUCAUUAUGCAAUUAAUCAAGGUUGCUGCCCUGUCACUUGAUGUGGUUUUUAUCGAUACACAGACCGAUUAUCAUUUUUAUUGUGCGAAAGAAAGUUAUGGCACUAAUGCUUUACAGAGAAGUUCGGAGUUGUACGAUCGCCAGAGGCGGCAUGCUAUUUGUUGUGCAACGGAUUUGAAAAGGAAAUGUAUUUCGCAAAUAAAAUUUGUUAUAACAUAAUAUUUACAUGUUAUUAUUUUUUCGAGCAGACUUCAUUUUGACUUGUUGAAGUAAACUGGAUCACGUUGCAUGAGGUACCAAAAUUGUUUAUUUUUUGCAA